AUGGCCAGAGCAAGGAAGGGUGCCCUGAUCCAGUGUGAUCCAUCGAUCAAGGCGCUGAUCAUCCAGAUCGACUCCGAGUACAAUGAUAUAAUCUUGGAAGAACUUGAUGAGACACAUAUACUGGUCGAUCCAAGAAAGGUGGAGUACAUCAAGCAGGAACUGAACCGCUUGUUGUCGAAGAAUAUAUACAAUCCUUUGGAAGAGGAGGAAGAGGAGUGA